AUGCUGGCCGUUGCCAUGGAGGAGCAAAGUACAUCGCCACAAUUGGCAUCAUCGAACGCAAGUACGGACAGUCCCGGUUUCACUGGAUCAACGUCGUCUGCAUCAGUAGCGAAGCGAAACGGCCGCAAGGGUUCGCGAAAGGUCCGGACUGGGUGCAUCACUUGCAAGAUCCGCCGUGUCAAAUGCGAUGAGCUCAAGCCGGCAUGCGAGCGAUGCACCAAGACUGGUCGGAAGUGCGACGGCUAUGUGACAACUACUCCCAACAUGACCAGGCCUCAAUCGCAGUCUUCCCCACCGCCAAGCGGAACUAGCAUUGCUAGGACCAUGAGCCCAUUCGCAGCCUGGGAUGCCAACGACCAACGCGCGUUCCACUACUAUCGCAACUGCUCUGCCACGUCACUAUUCACGCAGGCUACUUCGACUUUCUGGGCUCGCAUCGUGCCAGCUCUGUGCUUCGAGGAACCGGCCGUACGUUACGCUGUGCUUGUCAUCAGUAACCUUCACCAGAGCGCCUAUGGUGGCAACGGUCGCACGCCCAACAACCUCAAAGGCUGCGAUGCCGUCUGCACGCCGUUUGCAGCCGGACAGUACGGCAAGGCUUUGAGGUCACUGCAGCAGUGGCGGACGCCGAGCGCCCCCGGCAUGAGGGGAACGGCUUCUGUUACGGUGCCGUUGCUCACGUGUCUGCUCUUCAUUUGCAUCGAAUUUAUGCUCGGCGAUAUGAGCGCCGCCAUGGUGCACAUUAUCCAGGGACGGGCCAUACUAGCCAAGCUGGCCGAGGAUCCACACGAGGCACAAGGGUCCGCGGCGGACCUGAUCCGGAGAGAGCUCGUUCCUGUGUACACCCGGCUCAGCGUCGCUUCUUUCGUGUUCGGGGCCAAGCCUGUACCGAUCCCAACAGAGUUGAGGCCACAGCGGCCAGCAAACAUUGUUUUUGACCGUCUCGAGGAUGCCGAGCUCAGCCUGCACGAGAUCAUCGAUGACGGCCUUCGCUUUGCCAAGGAUGCCAAAGCGUGGGUUUUCACUGCUGAUUCGACAAGCCUAAGCUGGGCCGCAGAAAUCAACGCGUGGCGGGUGCGCAGCGCCGACUUGACAAGACGAUCAGACCAGUGGCAGGUGGCGUUUGCCGUCUUGAUAGCUGCGCAAGGCAGAGGCUCAACAGGCGCUGCGAGAAUGUGCCGCCUCUAUUACCUGACCUUGACAGUGUAUCUCGGUACAGCACUCACUCGCCUCGAGUGUUCGUUCGAUGAGCACAUGACUACCUUUGCUUCGAUAGUGGACGUCGCGGGAGAGAUCUUGCAGGAUGAGGAAGCAAGGGGAGCAGCAGCUCCGGACAGCGAUGGGGCUCGGUUCAGCUUUGAAUCUGGCAUCGUGCCUCCCUUGUAUUAUACUGCAGUCAAGUGUCGGCAUCCAGAACUGAGGCGGGCCGCAAUCAGGCUGCUUCGGAGGAAGGGUGCCCUAGAUUGCAAGGAAAACUUGUGGGAUGCCAGGCUAGUUGCAAGGAUCGCGAUGCGAAUCAUAGAGCUGGAAGAGGCGAGGGCCCUCAGGAUACUGGGCAAGGGUGUGCAAGAGCCGGACAGCAGACACGCGAAGGCAUACAUACCGGCCAAGGACGAGAUUCAGAACUUUCUGAAGAUGAUUCCUGGGAAUCGACCGCCGAGUAUCCCUCACGAGGAGGCGGAGUGGAUCUUCGAGGCCGAAGCGGCCGGUCCAGUUCCUGAAGGAGAUGUGGUGGAAGCACUGGAACUACCAGAUGACGAUGAUGUGAGAAGUUCGCCGUUCCAUGUGCCCGAAGCGGCACGUGUCAUGAAUGCCGACAUCAGUCCUAGAGUGAGCGGGGGCUCCUGGGUCACAUUCUGGGUCAAGCCGCAGAUGCACGGUGAGCAGCGCUGGGAUGUGAUUCGAGAGUUUGUUGCGAGGGGAACAUAA